GGGAGAGAGGGAGGGGGCUUCCGUGGCCUCUGCCUCUGGGGCCUUUUCGCGCAAAGUGAAACUUUCCGAAGUGGGGUCUUCUUUGUUCGCGGCUCUGAAGGGAAGAGUGGCGCGCGGGUGGAGACCAAACCAGCCACGACAAGGGAGGAGGAGGAGGAGGAGGAGGAGGAGGAGAAGGAGCCGCGAGGGGAGGCAGGGCGAGCGGAGGCUUCCCCUCGGCAUCCGCGGCAAUGCGCCUCCUGGCCCUGGCGGUGCUGCUGGUCCCAGUGCCCGAGGUAUGCAAAGCUCUGAAUGUGACUGUCUCUCCAGGACCUAAACUGCUAUACAUGGCUGGAGACAAUGCCACGCUAUUUUGCCAUGUUUCUCAAAAAAGACGACUAGAGAAUCUGCUAGCUGUCCGGUGGGUCUUUGUCCUUCCGCCAACAAAGGAGUAUUUGAUGCUCAAAAUGACUAAGUAUGGAGUUGUCCAGUACUAUGGAAAUUAUACACAUCACUUCUAUAAACAAAGACUUCAUCUUUUGGAAGACAAAUAUAAGACAGUGUACACAUUUUUGAUACUGAAUCUCCAGCAAGCUGACCAAGGGCACUAUACAUGCAAAGUUCAGGAGAUUGGCAAGCAUAGGAACAAGUGGACAGUAUGGUCUAAUGGCAGUGCAUCUACAGAAAUCCAAGUUAUUUCAUCCCACAUUUCAGACGAGUCCACUCCUGGGAAAAAUCACAAAGCCUGGAAAUUUUUUGAAGAUAUCUAUGUGAUUGCUGUUUUCGUGUGUUCCAUAGGCAUCAUUAGUCUUCUGCUCUUCACUCUUGUAAUCUUCUGCCAGACUUUGCUCAACAGGAAACAGUCCCGUGUGAAACAUUACUUGGUGAAAUAUUCCCAGAACAGCUUAGGAGAGACAGUCACUAGUGUGACAAGCUUGUCCACAGUUCAACCUAUAAAAAUAAAAAGGAAGAAAAAGGUUGAGCGACCUCCUGCUGUUCCAGGUAAAGCACCAAGAUCCAACACGUUCUCAAACCCUAAGCUGUUGAAACCACAAAGGAAAAUCCUCCUGCCCAAAAUUGCUGAAGACAAUUUAACCUAUGCAGAACUGGAACUCAUGAAACCUCACCAGGAAGCAAAAGACGUUCCUGCUAUGACUGUCUAUGCUCAGAUUCUCUUCGAGGAAAACAAGAUAUAAACAUAAUAUUAAAACAUGUUUAAGCUUUGCCAUGCAGUUUGUAUAUAAAGUGCCAUACAAAUGUGCUUUUGAAAACUUCCUCUCCUGUUCUAAUUUUAUAGAUUUGAAUUGUAUUUUAAAGGGACACAUUUGAGGCCAAGCAAAAGCAUCCCUUUCGUUUUGCAGCUGACUGUAUCACUUGCUUUUGUUUUGAUGUUAAGUGUAAUGUUUAUAUUGUGUUAUUUAUGUUUUUGUCAUCAGUUACCAGAGGAGCAAAAGCUCACCAUUCUCAUCUUAACCAAAGGGCUAAAUCAAAAACACAAUUUUGUAUUUUCCUUAUAUAAUUUGCAAGUUCAGAAGGGAAAGGCUUGUCAGAAAUCUAUUACCAUUUGGGAGCUGUUGUCACUGGGUCAUGACAAUUCCCCCUGGUUUUUUGAACAUUCAAAUACUGGAAUAAUACUAUACUUUAUUUAUAUUCUGCUUUGUCUCCCUGAAGGGACUCAGAGCAGAUUACAGAAUACAUUUAUGGCAAAUAUUUAAUGUCAUUACAUAAUUAACAAAGACAGACAGUAUAUAGACAGAGGCAAGGCUUCCCUCUCUUUCUUUUCAUUUCUGGCAUCUGGAGGUUGUGCUCGACUCGGCCAUGGGGAGCCUGUUGCCCGUGGACGCCUUGCCAACAUGUCUUCAGGGUGCCUUUUAUCUCUCAGUGAAAGCGGUACCUAUUUAUCUACUCACAUUGUUGCUGUCAAAUUGUUAGGUAAACAGAAGAGCUAGGGCUGAUGGCAGGAGCUCACCCCACCCGCGGCUUGAACUGCCAACAUUUCGGUCAGCAAGAUUUACUGUAGCUGGCGGAAAAAAGACUAAGAUCCCUUCUACACUGCCAGAUAAAAUCCAGAUUUUCUGCUUUGAACUGGAUUAUAUAGCAGUGUAGACUCAUAUAAUCCAGUUCAAAGCAGAUAAUGUGGAUUUAUGGCAGUGUAGAAGGGGCUUAAAAGAUGGACUGAGAGAAAAUAUGUACUAUCCUUCAUGAGUCAGUAGUGUUUCAUAUUGUAAUAUUUAUUUCUCAUCAAGACACCACCUCUUCUAGGUGUGCCUGAGUCUUCUUGUGUUUUGAUUUUUAUAAGGAAAGGCCAUUCACACACUAAGUAUUUUUAUUUUGCAAACUGUUCACUCUGAAAUUGAUGAAAGUUGUGUAAUAUUCUGUUUGUGGAGUCAUUCGUGCACAUCUAUCUUAACCCCGUUUGGACUUUAAUUCUAAAGGUUUGAACUUUAAUUCUAAAGUGGAUAGAUUAGCUCACAAGCACGAGACCAUAAUAUGUAUUUGAUCUUUAUAUAGUAAAGAAUAUAAAUACUAACAUUUUAAUCUUUAUUUAAUGUAAUACCUUAUCUCAUCUGAACUAAAUAAAUCAGCAUAUUGAUAGCAGAGGUGCUAUCAGUAUGCUGAUGACACAAAAAUAUAUUUCUUUAUAUCAUCAGAAACCACUUUGGAUAAUGUUAUCAUGUCUCCUCUGAAUGAAUGCCUGGAGGAGGUAAUGGGCUAGAUGAAGAAAAACAAAUUGAAUCUGAAUCCAGACCAAACAGAGGUGCUUGCUAUCAAGGCUCCUCGUCUGGGGAUAGAGGUGUAUCAUCCAGUCCUGGAAGGGGUUUACACUCCCCCUGAAAGACUGUGUCCACAGUUUGGAAGUGCUCCUGGAUACAUCUCUCUAAAUCUCAGCGCAGAUGGAUGUGAUGGGCAAGACUGCUUACUACCAGCUUCAGCUGAUAUGCCUGCUGUGCCUCUUCUUAGAACUAGAGAACUUAAAGAUAAUAGUGCACAUGCUGAUAACCUCAAGACUGGACUGCAGUGCGCUUUACACUGGGCUACCUCUAUACCAAGUUCAGAAACUGUCAGCUCGGAAGAUCUAUCUCUUCCAGUACGCCUACCCAGUCAGUUUUAACUAUGAAUUUUAAAAUUGCAUAGUUGUAUUGGAAUAUGUUAUAUUUUGAUAUGUGUAUGUUUUUAGAUAUGCUUUAACUAUUAACUAUUUUAGUACGUGUUUUUAUGGAUGUAUGUUAUAUGUUUUGUGCCUUACCUCAAGUCAUAAGGAGGGGUGGAUAAUAAAUUAAAAAAUAUGAUAAUGACGAUGAAUAAAUUGGCCAAGUGUGUA